UCCGUAUUUCAGUACUUUAUACCACCAAAGUCUUACUGGAUCGGGCACCUGUACGACUGUAGAGUUGUAUACAAACAACAGCGUUAUAAGAGGAUGGCAGACACACCGGAAGGACACAAGUACGAAGAAGGUACAUCUUCCUGGGUUACAGAGAGUAUAAAAAAGGAGUUUGAUGAUAAUGGCUUCAUUAUCGUGCGAAAUUUUCUCAGUUCGGAAGAAUUAAAGCGCGUGAAGGAUGCCCUGGAGACUGACGGUAGUAUAUUGCAACACCGUACUGGUCGUGACGAUGGGCACGGGAGGAAGGUAAAUAUGACGUUAUGGAAUCACCCCGGGGAUGACGUAGCAGGAAUGGUGGCCAGGUGCGAGAAAGUCGUCAACGCCAUGGAAACGUUUCUGGAUGGUGAAGUGUACCAUUAUCACACCAAGCUGAUUCAGAAAGAAGCUCACACUGGUGGAUCGUUUGUCUGGCAUCAGGAUUAUGGUUAUUGGUACCAUAAUGGCUGCCUGUUCCCAGACAUGGCAACGGUCUUCAUAGCAAUAGAUCGUGCUGACAGGAAUAACGGAUGCCUUCAGAUUCUGCCUGGAUCGCAUAAGCUGGGCCGCAUUGAUCACGUGCCAAUCGGAAACCAAACCGGUGCCGAUCUUGAACGUGUGAAACAAGUUUCCAAGGUUUUGCCCUUGACCUAUGUAGAAUUGAACCCAGGAGACGCAGCGUUCUUUCACUGUAACCUUCUUCACACCAGUGACCAGAACAACAGUGACAGACGCCGCUGGGGACUUAUUUGUUGCUACAACAGCGCAAGAAACAACCCCGUGAUAGCGCACCAUCAUCCGCAAUAUACGCCACUGAAGAAGGUUCCAAACAAGGCAAUCCUAGAGUGCCCCUUGAUGGCUGACAAGUCAGAGGAAAGGAAAUGGUUUUUUAAAGACACCGAUUCAACUCCCGAUGGAUUAGCUGUUAAGGCAACCAGAUGAGUAAAAACGUGCAGAUUGACACUGAUGGAGUUUGAUGACAACCAAAUCAGUCAGUUGUCCCUCCAUCAGGCCAGGCACUCUCACAAUCACACACCCAACCUCACCUUAGUAGACACAACUGCCCAGAAGGAAAGUACACUCCUCUCAAGCUACAAACAGCAUGGAUAAAUAUCCUGACACAGAGAUCAGGUUAUACAGACACGAAACACGUAGACAGCAUGUGUAUUCAAAGUGAUUCUAUUCCAAACUUUCCAUGUGGAUAAAACGUACUUUAAAAUUAAUAAACAAAGAGUAAAUUUGAACUGGGUAAAAAUGCAAUUUUGAUCAACAUUCAAUAUGUAAGGUUAGUGUUCUUGGGUGAUAUCCGGAAGUUCUCUAAUACAGUGAUGCAGCCUUUGUCAGAUGCUAAGGAACAUCAUGGACUUUGGUUCCUAGCGGACUGUCAUUCCUGUCACCCGGUACGAACAGACACAUACUAAAACACGUAGAAAGAUCGAAGCUAAACAGGGUUUUGGUGCCGAAUCUGAUUUUCUAAAAUUUGAAGUUUGAUGCGUUUUUCAUUUACCCAAAAUAUGCAGCAUAUGUAUUCAAAGUGAUUCUAUUCCAAACUGCAUGUGGACAAAAUGUAAUUUAAAAUUAAUUAAAAAGGAGACAGUGUUUUGAUUUUUUCUUACAUUUGAUCAACAUUCAAUAUGUAAUUUCAGUGUUCUUGGGGAAAUAGCCGGAAGUUCUCUAAUAAAGUACAGCUUAUGUCAGAUGCUGAGCAACACCAACGUGUUAACAUGGCGGUCUUUAUUUCAAACAGCCACCUGCGUAUCUUGAAACAACAACAGAUAGCUCAUUUUUCUGAGAACAAAAAAUAACAGACACUUUUCUGUUUGUGGCGUGAUACAGAAUUUAGGCCAAGGUGGUGUAGGUUUUUAAAAGUAAAAUGAUCCGUCACGUGAUCCGGUGCCCGUAUCUUGACAGCAGUAUUAAGGAGACGAUAAUCCACAUAAAUAGGUUAUCGACGAUAUAUAGCGUCUGUCUACAUUAUCAGCCUAUAUGUCAGUAUUUUCUACUU